CGUAAACUUGCACUGUUACCUUUCGUAUGUGCUUAUCAGGAUACGAAGGGAUAGCAACGAACAUAGGAAGUUAUAGUACCAUAGUAGUAUUUAGCACCCACUACUUAGUUACGACUCCCCAGCAAAUAUGAAAUUGGGGUAUGAGUACCCCAUCUCGUUUUCUUUGACUCCUUAUAUUUCCCUCUGUCCCAUCGGUAUCUUCAUAACCACUCAAUUGACGUCGGGAGACAAUCCGAAGGCAAAGCUCGAAUCCACAGGCAACCUCCAACCGAAAAAAUCAACUAUGGUCCAAUUGAUUUUUUUUUUUUUGGGAAAAUACUCCAACUUAGCACCAUUAGGCAGCUGCUGAACUUAGUACCUACUUAGGUAGUAGUAGUAGUACUUAC